AGCGGCGCCAGCGUGGGCUCGGGCGCGAACGGAGGUGUAGCGGGGAGCUCUCCGCUGAGGCUCCCGGGAGGAGGACCUGCACGGAGCAGCCCAAGCUCUCGUCAGGCUCCACGACGUCUAUAACCUGAAUAUGACACAGCUGGUGCGGGGGAACGUGUGGGGCGUCGAGAGCUAUGCAGAACUGACGGCGCAAGACUGCCUGUACAUGGGCAAGCACUCCUCAACCUCGGCUUAUAUCCCCGGGCUAUCCAGUGGUUCGAGGAAGCCUACCUUCUAGCAGGUCACGAGGGGAACGCCACUGACCCAAGAUCAGGUCAACAUGUUCCUCAACACGGCUAUCAAGGCGUACGACGAGCAAGUGCUAGGCCGAGAGGGGACGAGGACCCCUGCCCUCCACACUGCCGAGGUGGACCCCAAGAAGUUCCAGUACCGUCUUGGGACCGACCUCACGCCCCAGGAGGAUGCGCUGAACUUCCAGGCUCUUUGCAGGGGCGAGCAGCUGCUGAGUCCCGAAUACCGAGCGACCUUAUCCUGCUUCUACGACACCCGCGGGGAGGCCUACUUCCGGCUCAUGCCAGUCAAGGUCGAGAUCCUUCACCAUAACCCCGAACUUAUGGUGUUUCAUGACGUCAUUUCCGACCGCGAGAUCGAGGCUGUGAAGACGAUGGCGCAGCCGAUGCUUGCACGUGCGAUGGUACAGGGAGCACAAGGAAAAGGGAACACUGUUAGUACCACGCGUACAUCAAAGGUGGGCUGGCUCGACGACUCCCUCAACCCCCUCGUCGCUCGCCUGGGCCACAGAAUAUCCCUCCUGACGGGCCUCUCGACUGACGUGGCUGCAGAACACGCCGAGCUCCUGCAGGUUUCUAACUACGGCAUCGGGGGUCACUACAACCCGCAUCACGAUUACUUGCUGGUGGAUAAGACCGAGAAGGAGCUUCUUCACAACAUCCACCCUCGAGAACUCAUCAUGGGAGACAGAAUCGCCACUUUUAUGUUUUAUCUGAGUGACGUCACACGCGGAGGUGCCACGGCCUUCCCCCGCCUUGGCACCGCUGCCUGGCCCUCCAAGGGAUCCGCCGCCUUUUGGUACAACCUGAAGAAAUCUGGCCACGGAAACACAGCUACUCUCCAUGGUGCCUGCCCGGUGGUGCUUGGGUAUAAGUGGGUCAGCAACAAAUGGAUCAGAGAACGCGGACAGUUCCUCAGGAGAAAGUGUGGUCUCAGCCCCGAGGAAUAGACAAGGAGGUCCUACUCCAGGUCCUUACAAGAAAUUCCUCCAAGACGGAUACGAUAAAUAGGAAGGAAAAGAUCAGUCAAGUGUCUAUUGAAAGUGGAUGUUUGGUACAUAAAGAGCCAUAAGAGGGUUUAUUUGUGUGUGUCUGUGUUUGUGUAUCAGGACACUUAUACAUAUGUUGUACUUUUACUUGGGUAUUCAUGUACAUUUACGUUUAGAUUGAUUAAUUGGAUAACUCACAGAGCUUGAUAUGAAAGAAUAUGUAGAUUAUUUGAUUUUAAAAUUUGAUUAUAUUCUUAAAAUUUUAUUCUAGACUUGUUUGAAAUCUACAUUUUUCUUAAGAUGAAUCUGGAUAUGGGGACAUAAUUAUUUUAUGAUCAUAUUCUCAAUGGCUGAAUUAAGGAUAUUUCUCAAGCCUUAUGGAGUCUGCCCUUAAAAGAUAUCAAAUAUAAAUAGUUUUAUUUAAUUUUUAUUAUUUUUUUAUCUUUUAUUUUAUGGAUUGGCAAUUGCUUAUAUUUUUCAUUUUCAUUUUUCUUAUUCAAGAAUGUCAGUUUGUGUGUAUGUGGUUGUAUUGCUAGUUUCCUUUUUGUAUCGUAUCGAUAUGUAUAUAUAUAUUCCUUAUAUUUGCUAUGCACCAUCACAUAAAUGAAAAUUAUAUGUAUAUAGAUACUAGAUCAAAUAAACACUUACCAUUAGUAUUAAUAUUUCAUGGAUUUUCAAU